UGCACCGUUCUAUGUGCAGAGAGGAAGAAGAGAGAAAGCCUUUGUUGUUGUGCAGAUCGCCCAUGUCCUAUUUUUUCCAGAGCUCCUGCACAACUCAACGAUGUCUGUAGCGUUCGUCUCGCACCGCCAACGGCCAAAAGAAUGGCCAAACCAGGCGUCCAUCCAAAAGUUGUUGGAUGAGAACAACCAACUGAUUCAAUGCAUUGUAGACUACCAGAACAAAGGCAAGGCAGCGGAGUGUGCCCAGUACCAACAGAUUCUACAUAGGAACCUGGUCUACUUAGCAACGAUAGCAGAUUCCAACAUGAACCUACAGUCACUUCUACAGACGCCGAACCAGAACCCUUCACCAAAUCCUGGAGGCAUGCCGCCAUCUUCCAUGAAUGGACCACCCCCUCCUGCCUCCCAGGGGGGUAACAUGGGCGGACCCAUGCCUCCUCCGCAGGGGGGUGAAAUGUCAGGGAACCAGGGGGGACCACCCAUGGUACCCCCCUCCUCUACACCAGGACCGGUGUCUUCAGCUAGUAACAACUUUAUGCCAGGUAAUAACCAGGGGCCAAAUCACAGCCAACCCAGCCAAAUGCCACCAGCUAGUAGCUAUGGUAACCAACAGCCAGGCUACAACCCACCCAUGUCAACUUCCAACCAGCAGCCAAUGAUGAACCAGCAGGGUAUGAAUAAUUAUAACCGUGGACCAAUGGGACAAGCUCCUCCAGCUGCCACAAAGCCAAACCCCAGCUCACAGCCGGGCUUACCGCCCCAGUCAGUCUCAGUGGGCACCACAGGUCACCUACAGCAGGCUGUGGGCAACGUUUUGGGCAAGUUGAUAAGGAUGCCGCCCGCUCACAGACUUACCAACGGGCAGCAAGUCUCACAACCUCAACCAAUGGGAGGCCAAGGUGUAAACACCUUCAGUCCACCCCCGGGACAACAACCAAUGGGGAGCCAGAAUAGUUACAGCAUUAGAGGACCAAUGGGACAGUCCUCCCCAAAUGGCAUGAACCAAGUCAUGCCCACAUCACAACAGCAGCCAAUGGGAAACCAGGGUGGUAGCACAUUCGGUACACCCCAGCAGCCAAUGGGGAACCAGAAUAGUUUCAGUAGGGGACCAAUGGCACAAGGACCUCCCAACAAUAUGCAGAAUAUGCAGCAAGGAAUGCCUCCACAAGGAAUGCCGCAGUCACAAGCGCAGCAGCAACAACCCCCCACCUCUCAGUACAACAUGGUACCGUCCGGCCCUCCCCAGGGAGGCUACAACUCCCAACAGCCGCCCAUGAGCCAGCAGAGCAUGAUGGGUAACCAGCCGCCGCCCAACAGCCAGCCCAAUGGCAUGAUGGGACAGCGACAGAUGCCGCCACAGUACCAAAGGCCUUCUCAGCAGCAAGGUUAUGACUCGUACGAUCAGUACGGGCCCGGGCAGCCCGGUCCAGGGCCCAACCAGCAGGACUAUUACAGUAGUCCUCAGGACCAGCCACAAUUCAAUAACCAACAGGACAUGGGACAGUAUUAUCACGAUGGUGGACAACAGCCAAACUACCCGCAACAGGCAAACUAUCCGCAACAGACACCGCCGCCUCCUCAACAACAACAACAGUACCCCAACCAGAGUCAGGCACCUGGUUAUAACCAACAAGGACAGCCCGGGUACGGGACUCCUUCUCAACAGAACUACGGACAACAGGGACCGCCACAGAACCAAUACGGCAACUACCCCCAAGGUCCUGGACCCCAGGGGCAGGGGCAACAGAGGUUCCAGCCGUACCCCCGCCCCCCUGCGCAACAGCCACCCCCUCCGCAAGGCUAUGGCGGUUUUAACCAAGGGGGGUACCAACAAGGUUAUCAGGGGUAGAGCUCAAUAGCAAAAUGCUACCCCGCUUUUGAUCUACAUGUACAUGUACCAAGCUGUAAAAGGGUACUAAUCUGUUUUCAUCUUCGUUUGACACCAAUCACCACCAAUUCAUCUGACAACAAAGGACAAAACCUUUCCUGACAAGUGCUUUAGACUGCUUCUGUCUUCAGUAUUUGCUGGUAUGUUUUUCUGUAAAAACAGGUAGGAAUGGGCCAAAGUUUCAAUGAAACAACAUGUAGAAAAAUAGCCUUUUUUCAACCACAGGAUGCUGGGCAGAAUGAAAAUGUAGAUGACUUCUCUGGGGGUUUGAAAAGUUGCAAAAAAAGAAAAUGUAAAACACCAGUAUACGACAUCAGUGUUUGACAGCCUAACUGCUGCCAUAUGCACCUAUAGCACAGGCGUGGUUGUAAGGAUUUGACGUUAUUUGUAUAUAAAGCAAUGUCUGUGUACGAUUAUUCAACACAAGGCAAAAUAUAGCUAUUCGAAUUUCACUCAAGAAAAUCCUCUGAACAUGUCCGUGUUAAACCUAAGGGUCAGACAUGUGCCCCUGUACCAAAGGAAGAAUGAUUGUUGUGUUCGUUGUUUAUUAUUUUCAACCAACUCUGUGAUAUGUCUAUGUUAUAUAAUAUACCCACAGAUAAGCUUGGUAUGACUGUGGUAUACAAAAAAUGAUUUAUUUUUGUGUUAAAGAUUGGAGGUUAUAAAAUGAGUUCGAAACGUCAUCAAGCAAGAUAGGUAACGUUGUAUCAUAAUUAAGUAAGCGUCACAGUAGAAAAGUAUUUUGGCUGACGAGUCUGGGAGUUCCUAAGGAUAUUUUCGACAGCGUUGUCUCGACCACUUAACAGUUUUUACUGAUUGGCCGAUGUUUGCAGGUUUCCGCACCUCGCCAAAUGUGAUAGGGUAGAUUUUCAGGUGAAAAAUACUUUGGACACGAGCCAUUUUGAAAAUACUAGUGAUCAACAGAUACAGUCAACGGUUGUCGUGAAUGUGACGCUGGCUUUAGUCACAGACUUAUAAAUAAAUAGCUCUACAUUCCAGUCUAGUUCCCAACAGGUUAUAAUAGUGAAGAUUUUAAAUGGUAGAUCCAUGCACAGUACAAAAGGAAAA